CGGGGGCGGUGCCAGGCCCGGGCCGGGGCGGUGCCGCCGCCAAGCCACGGCUCGUCCCGCCCCGCCGGCACAGGAGCCACCAUGGCGGCAGAGCGGGACCGCGAGCGGGAGCUGCGCUUCUACCGACGGCUGCCCAAAGCGGAACUCCAUGCUCAUUUGAAUGGCUGUAUCAGUACUGCUACUAUGAAGAAACUCAUGGCCCAGAAGCCAAACCUUCAGAUCCAGAAUGGAAUGACUGUGAUUGACAAAGGAAAGAAAAGAACCUUAGAUGAAUGUUUUCAGAUGUUUCAGAUCAUCUAUCAGGUUACCACGAGGACUGAAGAUAUUUUACUGAUAACUAAAGAUGUCAUUAAAGAAUUUGCUGAUGAUGGUGUUAAGUAUCUGGAAUUGAGAAGCACUCCAAGAGAAGAAAAUUCCACAGGUAUGACCAAAAGGAUGUAUGUUGAAACUGUACUUGAGGGUAUAAAGCAGUGUCAAGAAGAAGGCUUGGAUAUAGAUGUAAGGCUGUUAAUAGCAAUAAACAGAAGAGAUGGCCCAGCAGUUGCUAAGCAGACUGUAAAACUUGCUGAAGAGUUCCUGCUUUCCAGUGAUGGGGUUGUAGUAGGACUUGACCUCAGUGGUGAUCCCACUGCAGGACAUGGUCAAGAUUUUUUGGAACCGCUCUCUGAAGCAAAAAAAGCAGGUCUGAAGCUGGCACUGCAUCUUUGUGAGAUUCCAAAUCAAGAAGAGGAAACCAAGAUUCUCCUGGGCCUGCCUCCUGACAGAAUUGGACAUGGAACAUUUCUCAACUCCACAGCAGCAGGUUCUGAAGAGAUAGUGUCACUGGUUCAGCAGAAUCAUAUACCUAUUGAAUUUUGCAUGACAUCAAACAUAAAAUCUCAGACAGUGCCUUCCUGUGACAAACACCAUUUUGGAUACUGGUACAGCUUGGGCCAUCCUGCAGUGCUUUGUACUGAUGAUAAAGGUGUCUUCGCCACUGACCUAUCGCAAGAGUAUGAGCUGGUUGCAAAAACAUUUAAUCUGACUCGAUCACAGAUGUGGGAUCUUUCCUAUGAAUCAAUCAACUAUAUUUUUGCUUCAAAUGCAGUAAAAUCCAAGCUGAGGGAGCAAUGGUGUAAGCUGAAGCCAGCUCUGUUUGAUUAACCAAACUGUUGUCCUGAAUAGCUCAGGUGUAUUAGCUGAGUUAAUAAGGUUUUUUUACUGAAGUCCUUGGCUUUUUUCAGACCUCAGGGUUUUAAACCCAGCCCUAACCUGCCUGUGUGAAAUGAAGGCAACUGGAAUGCAUCCCUUGUAACUGGGGACAGAAGUAAAUGUUUUUUUGGUAGGUGAGAAGGGCUCUCAACCAGUGACUAAAAUGCCAGAUGUGUUGUCACCUUGUUUCUCUUGAGUUGAUAUGACAUUUUAAAAAAUACUUAGUUGAAAUAUGUAAUAAUAAUAUAAACAUUUAAGAGCUGGAACAAAAUAAAGGCCGAGCUAUUGGUGUUUAAUACAUCUCUGUUGGCAGCAUUCAGCCAAGCAGUUUGAAUGUGUGGUGUGUAUUUUCGGGGUUUGUUUUGUUUUCAGGCUUUGAGCUCUUGAUUGAAUGUGAAGACAGAAACAAACUCAGGGAGAACUAAAUAUUUAUACCAAGGAAUUAAUGUUGUAUCUGUUUUUAUUGCUGUACAUGUAUGACUAAAGCUGCUGUGGAUUGAGUAGCAUGUGGGGGUCUCUGCUGGUGCCCUGGGCACUGGUGGUGUGUAGGCACUUAAGAAUCUUGAAUGCCUUCAGUAACUGAGCUACUUGGCAAAGUGGUCUCAUUCUUAAAAUGCUUUUUAUAAUUGCUGUUUGUUGUGUAAAAAAAGGAAUAAAAAUAGCCUCAAGCUCCAUGUUUUUGAAACCAGCACUUCAAAGUGUGCAUGUGUGUGUUUGAGCUCUACAGAAGAGAAGCAGGAUUCUGUGGGGUGAGUCCCUGGAGCACCAUGCUCCCUGCCAGCUUCUCCCUGCUGCUGUGGCAGCCCCUGGCUCUCCCUGUCCUGGGCAGCCACAGGGUUCACUC